AUGUCUCGCGCGUCAAAGCUGACCCUGGCGGCCACUGGACUGGGCACCGCGGGAAUUAUCUAUUUCGUGCACUGGGCGCAAGAAAACGACAGGGCGGCUAUGCACCGAGGCGUCGAACGCGAUGUGGAAAAGCAGCGCAUCCGAGCAGAACGCCAGGCCGAUUUUGAGAUGCAGAAACGACUUGAAGAGGAAUACCUGAAGCUCCAGACCGUUACGGCUAUCGACCUUCCGAAUUCCGCGGGGAGUACUACAGGAGGGAAUAAUCCAGGGAAUGGAUCAUAA